CCUAAAAGAUGAUUUUAUUAAAAAGGGAUUAGAUAAAUAUCGAAGCAAAAGUAAGGAUGGUGCAAAUUACAUGGACAAAUUUCCGGGUGAUGUGGAAACAGCUGAAAAGUUGACAGGCGGUGACCCUAACAUAUUAAGACAGGAAAAAUUCUGUCCGGAAGAAAAGCCAGAUAUCUCUGCACUAUUUGGCGAGAAGAAGAUUCCGAAGAAACGACGCGAUCGAGAAGAUGGACAUAGGCGAAGUGACGGUUCGGACCUUAUAAAAAAGAUCACACAUCCACGCUUCUCGCGCGGAGAAAGCGAUCAUGAGGUUCGUAUUCGUCAGCAACCCGGCAGCUUACCGUCAAUAUCACCCAAUAUGGGUUCUUCUGUAUAUCGCUGUCAUAUUUGUAGUUUUACCUCUUCACGCGUUAAUGUAAUUAUCUGUCACAUAAAAAGUCAUCGCUUAAGCGAAUCUCCGUCGCCACAAUCAAAAACAUACUCACAAUCGCACAGUAGAAUAUCCGAUGUGAGCACACCAAAACGAAAAUAUGUGAAGAAAGAGAAGAGUCAAUCGAGUAGGAAGAAGAGCGAGAGCGGAGAGGAAUCGAGCAAACGAAAAAGCCAGAAACAGAGUGAGAAAAGUAGUAAGAAGAAGAAGAUUGAUCCAAAAUUGAAAGAGAAAUUAUUGGCCGACUGGGACGACGAAGAGUUAGACGACGAUACAAAUGGUGAUGUAAAUACUAGUUCCCUAAAUAGCAGCUUAAACAGCUCGUCUGUGAAAAAUAUAUCGAGCGCCGAUGAAAGCAAGGAAUACAACGAAGAAGAUAAUAAAGCAGAUACUAAUGAAAUUAUGACGGAAACGGAAAAACUCCUGAAAGAAACUGAAGACUUAUCGAUCAAAAAGAUAAGAGAUUCAUUAGAUUAUUUGCAUACUUCAAAAAACAUACGCUUCGACAGAAAGUUUGAGGCUGAACAUAAACUCUCUGAAAAAGGCACUUCUAGUAAUGCGUCUAACGAAACUAAAAAGCCGCCAAAGAAAGACGCUUCAAGUUCCGACAGUGAGAACAAAAAUGCAUCCGACAAAGACGAUAAGAAAUCACGACUGUCGUGUUUCGAUUUUGACGAAGACGAUUUGAGCGAGCCUUCCAUACAGCCUGUACGAAAAAUUCCCAGAGUAUUUGGCGAGAAAAGUUUAUCUCUGAAAAAGGAAAUUAUCAAGGAGUUCGAAAUGAGUCAAGCUUUGAAAAACGAAAUCAAAAGAAACGCCGAAAAAAUGUCUGAAUUAGAUAAAUCCAUGGAUUUAAAAGCUCAUGAAAUAAUAGAGAUAAUACAAGGUACCGAUACUCAUCAAGAGAAGAAGGAAACUAAAGCGAAUGAAGAGCUUGAUGAAGUUGUACAAGAUAAAACAGAAGUGAAGAAAGCUGAAGAUGAAAAAACAGACAAGAAACAAGAACUUGUACAAUCGGAGAAUGAUCAACAGAAGUCUAGUACCUGCGAAACUGAAGUGGAGAUUGUAGAAAUAUUCGAAGUCGAGAGAGAAGAUGCCGAUAUUGGCGAUAAUGCUUCACUUGUUACAAAAGACACUGAGAAAGAAAUUACAAGUUCACCUAGUGUCUCAGUGAAAAGCGACAAAACGACAAAAAAUAAGGAUAAAAUAUCCGUGGAUAUCAAAUCUGACGAUAAGUUGCUUCAAUCCACAAAAACUGACUCGGAAGAAAACGUGAUCACGGAGUCUAAUGACACAUCUACAAAAGAAACAGAAGAUACUAUGUCAGAACGAUGUACUACGGAAACAGAAGACGAGACUGUAUCCGAAUCUGCAGAAACGAUGGUUGAACAGAGCGAAAAUUCGGACAUUGACAUGUUGGAUCGAAGCAUCGACUCCAAACUCUCAGAAAGUCGUGCUGGUCAGACAUUGAAAAAACGAGGACGAGGACGGCCACGUAAGAAUGCGAGGUCGACUAGUAGAGAUACUAAUGUGGAAAAGAGUCCAAAAGUCAACAGAAGUAAUAAGAGAUUUCGGAUGAGCGAAAGAUUCGAACUCGAGAGAAAGACUUCAGACUCCGACACGGAUCGAUCGUACAGCGGUAGAAGACGCAAACCGAAUAAAAAAUACUUGGAAUCCGAUAUAUAUGUUUCAGACCCUGAUUAUAAAGCGCUUAGAACAGACGAGAGUCAAUCUGAAAGCGAAACUGUCAAGGAGAAAAUUGUCAGUAAACCCAAAAGAGGCAGACGUCCAAAAGGCGUCGAUACCAAAAGUAGCAGCGAACUUGUUGUUCAGAUGGACAAACAAGAAAUAGAAGUAUCGUAUCAAACGGAUAGUCAAAAUAAUGUUUCGUCGAUUGAUAUAAAACAAGGAGCAUCCGAGAGUAAUGUUUCUAAGAAGUUGACGUUUUCCGAAGAGAAAAUAUCAGAAGAAACGAAACAUGAUAUACUUGAGGAAUCGGUAAAGAGUCCGAACAAAGCAGCUGCGAGAGAUGAUAUAAAUACACUUUCUGAAGUAACGACAGUGCUGGAAGCAAAUAAAGUGCAAGAUGUACAACUAAAUUUAGAUAAAACUUUCGAAGAGAAAGUGAAUGAGAAAGACAAAGAAGAUAUAUUAAAACAAGAUAAUGAAAAUGAAGAAGAUAUUAAUGAUCAAGAGACAUCUUCGAUCAAAGCGCAAACUGAGGAUAUUGCAAAUAAGAUUGAAACUCCACGAGAUACGACGAAAAUCAACGUAGAUAUGCUACCACCGAAAAAAUCCCAAAUAAAAAAGUUUGAAUUGUCACAAAUAGAGUUGCUUGAUACAGAUGUGCAAACCACUCAAGCUAUGGAGACCAAGCCUGAGUCUGAAAGUAAAAUUGAUCCGGAACCCAAAAUUGAAGCUGAACCUGAACGUCAAGUUGUACCUGAACCUGUAUCUGUACCUCAACCAGAAGCUAAGACUGAUGUCGAAGAAAAAAUAAAUAUAGAAAAUCAACCAGAGGUAAAAACUGUAAUCAAGACAACAGAUGAAAUAAUAAAAUCUUCAAAAACCGAGAAUGAACUGCAAGAGACCGUUGAAAGUUUCAAGGAAACCUCGGAGAAAUCGGUUGAAAAGAAACAAGAAAUAGAAUCGGUCAAAGAAACUCCGAAAAAAGAUGUUAAUCAGUCGGAAAUAAAAUCGCCGGCUAAAUCAUCAAGUACCAUAUCUCAAGCAGACGAUGCGAAGAAUGUAUCUAAGAGCCCGACAAAAACGACACCCGAGCAAGGGAUACCUAAGAAAUCUUCUAUGCAAACGAGAUACAAAGGUAGAUUUACUCCAGAAACAGGUAAAGGAAGGAAAGAUUUGUUCUCGGAAGAGAAGCCAAGCAACACAUUCCAAGAGGCUUUUCUGAAGACUUUAGAGAUAGACAAGAAAACACUUGCUGGAAAUACCGAGACAUCUAAAGGAAGAAGAGAGAAACGGGCAGCUAAGAAGAAAGCCGAAGAAACUGAUACUAAUGUUACUGCUUCACCAGCAAAAAGCACAAAACUUGAUGAAUCAAGCAAAGAUUUGGAAGUUUCUGAAACUAUUCAACCUGCGGAGGAAAAUAUUCUACUCGAAGGAAAUAUUCAAAGAAAUACGUCAAAUCUAUCGAUUGAUAUGAGCAAUAUUGAAAAUACGGAGGUAGUUGUCGAGGAGAAUGUAGAGAUCGAUACAAAAAUUGGAGAUAAUGUCUUAACAAUUGAUCAGCUUGGUGGAUCAUCGCCCAGCGAAUUUGCUAUCGCAUCUAAUAAAUCAUCACUUCAAUCGAGUACAUCUCUCGAGGACAACACUAAGAAUGAUGAUAAAAAAUUGGACAAAACUCCGCAAACAUCCGUGCCUAUAUCUUCCUUAUCGUCCGAUAUCAGUAUGCCCGUAAAAAAACGCGAGAUGCCGCGUAUAAUAGAAAAUGUAACUUUGACCGAGCCAGUACAAAUCCUGAAGACAAAGUUGCUCGAUAAAACACCACAAAAAGGCGUAAAACAUAAACUGGAAAUAGAUGCCGCAAAGAAAGGCGCUUCUAAGGCAAAAGUGAUGAAAAUAGAUACUUCGUCUUCGAAUAGUAAAGUGAAAACUGUAAAAUCUAGCGUGACCAGUUCGCAGUUACCUAUAACCAAGAAGCUUCAGGUAUUAAAGACAGAAGAGGUAGAAACGCUUCUAGAUGCUCAGAACAAGGAACAAAAUACCACGCCCACGACUAUCGUGACCACGCCAGUGAGUUCACAGAAUCUCGUGGACAUGGAAUUCGACAUCAAUUCCAUGCCAUUUGUUCUCAGCGAUGACAUGCUCACCCCAGAACAGAUAGAGCAGAUGCCAGUGGUUAUAUCGUCAAUUAUACCAGCAUCCGGUUCGAUUCCAAGUACGCUCUCUCUUACUCCGACUACACAAAUAAUGUCGCCUACUCAGACUCAAUUUAAGAUUGUGAACGAAACUCCUACUACCGAGCCGUCACCAUCGCCAUCACCGAAGAAGAAAAGCGGCAUGCCAGCAAUAUUGAAGAGUAAGAGCAAAGCGAAACCGACUAUCACAAGUGUCAAGACAGUAGUACCACCACUCACGGGCGGUGUGAAGGGCUUGAAAUUUCAGAGCGCACAACCGGUCGGUAAAACAACACCUGUUCUAGCACAGAAAAGUCCUACUCCAGGCAAAUACGUUAUCGUGCAAACGGCAAGUGGUCAGCAGCAAUUACGUCAGGUUGUUCAAAGCAAAUCCAGUACUUCACAGAAGGUAAUUCUCCCACCCAAUAUCAGUAAGACGAUAACGAGCGGUGCACAAUUGAUUCAGCAAGGUGGUAAAGUCGUCAUAUUGACAUCGGGACAAUCUCAGGCUAAGAUGGUGCCAGUAAAUAUUUCUAAGACCCUGAGCGGUAAAAUGCAAAAAAUCGUGACUAGUAAAGGUCAGCAAUUAUUGUGCCCGAUCAGUCCGCAAGGCAGUAUAAUCACUUCGAAGACACCGAAAGUUAUUGCGCCAAAAGGUGACGCAGCCGCUGCCACCGCUGUAUCACCCACCACUUCUAAACUAGUCUCUGGUCAGAAAAUAAUCAGUACGACGUUUACUCCGAUUUCAGGCACCGUGACUAAAUUAGGUACGUUGUCUCAAGGAAUUCUUACAAAAGGUGGUGUUUACACACCAAUUACUGCUAUAAGCGGUAAGACAAUUAUCAGCUCAAAAGCUUUAGUCACUAAGGGUACAACUCUUUUGUCUGCCCAAGGCCAAAGUCUAGGUGGUACAAAGACAAUUUUGACACCGGUGUCUCAAGCCAUUACUGGUAAGACCAUAUUAGGUACGCCAACCAUCGUCAGCAACAAAGGUACUAUCCUGACGCCGAUAAGCGGACAACAGAUGAAGACCAUCGUUACCAAGAGUCCUACCAAAAGCGGCAAGGUGCAAUAUCAACAGGUGCAACAUAAAGUACAGAUAUUGCAGAAGUCACCAAAAGCCACAACAACCGCGGGAGGUUCACAGGGAAGAACAUCCGCAAAAUUAUCAGGCAGCACGUUAAUUUUGCAGACUGCCUCCCCCGCCGCCGGUAUUCAGAAGAGUACACCGCAGAGUAAAAAGAUUGUCAAGCAAACGGUGCAACCGACCGCUAUUCAGAAUAUUGCUUCGCCGAGCAGCGCUCAGCCGACGGUGACGAUAAUGCAGCAAGUACAGCCGAAAGGCAAGACUGCGACUACGCAAAAAGUUAUCAUUCCUAGAACUGGCAGUCGCCAGACAAAGGCGCAGCAGAAGAUGGCGGCUCAAAAAGCGCAAGAGUCGAUGUCGACGGUGCAAAAUAUUCUUCCGAAGACUAUUGUCGCAACUUCCACCAACAUGUCAACUCCCACCAAGACGGUUGCUCAAUCGAAACAAGCUCCCACAAUUUCAAAGUCUCCUGCAAAAUCUCAAACUUCAAGCAAAGCGCAGAAGAAUCUAAUGAACGUUCCUAUGAAUUCUAUGAGCACCGUUACGACAACUGCGAGUAUCGCUACAACCGUACCUUUGCCUCCUCUAGAGCCAAUUGACGCGGACAAGAAAGCAAAGACAAAUGUGCAACCUGUGGAUUCUGCUCAAAAGAAGCAAAUUGAGAAGUUCCAGCCUGAAAAGAGCGCCGACACGGAGAAAGUGGAAGAGACAAAAGUGGUUACGCAACCACAAAUCAUGGCUUUACCGACGGAAAGCAGCGACGGUACGCAAACUUACGUGUUGGUGACAAUUGACGAGCAAGGACAGAUACAACCACUUGAUAACAAUGCUCUUAUGUCGCUGGAAGGAACCACGCAGAAUCCGGAUGGCACGAGAACUCUGUAUAUAGAUCCAAGUUCUCUGGGAGAAACCGGAACGCUGGACAAUAUCGUUCUUCAAUUUGACAACGGUAUUUUGCCAAAUAUUCAGACCAACGUGACGGAGGCUAGUCAAACUGCAAUUAUAACCGAGAGUUUCCCUGCAUCGGAGGUUAUUCAAACAUCUAAUCAAGACAUUUUGGCGGCUGCUCUCGCGAACACAGACUUUCAACAAGAGAUCAGUCUGUCAGAAAGUCAAACUGGUAGCGUUAUGACUCAGACCGGUCUGACUCAGACCAGUUUAAUCAAUCAAACUAUUUUGCAAUCGACCAUCAUUCCACCUACGGAACCAAUAUCAUCGCCAUCUGUGUUAGAGACAUCGUUGACGCUAAAUCAGCCAAUCAUGACACCACUUGAAGUGCCGAGCAACGUCUCGAUUCAAUCAAAAGAGACGGCAUCUACAUCAGUAGUCUCCACUAUCCCGUCCUCUCUCGAAUUACCGAUCACCAUCACGAAUCCCAAUAUUUCCUACAUAUCCACAGCAGGUGAGACACAGAUUCAGAUCCCCGGCAAUUCGAUGCCAGACAUCGGUGAGAUUAUAGAAGAUCCGACGGCAACAACGACCGGUGAGAUCGUCGAACGCACGGAAAUUCCUGUGAGCACUCAAUACUUAGUAAUACCAAAUCUGGAGGAGACGCAGAGUGUACAAGGCGCUGAAAUUGCAAUUACACCGUCGGCUUCGUAUACAGUGACUAUGUCGAAUAACAUAGUUCUAGAGAGUUCGCAGGUGCAAACAACUCCGUCGAUGCCAAUCAUUGACGACGCUUAUACGGACAAUUCACAAUUUAACACAACGAUUGUCACCGACCAAGCGUUCGUAGAUGUGCCAGUGUCAGAGAUGCUGGUUUCCAAAGCGCCAGCAGAGAACGUGCAGUCUCAAGAUGUCACGGUUACAUCGGAGAUGAUUUCCUCGCACGAAGUUCCGUCAUCUCCGCAGAAGUCUAUUAUAUCAACUAACGAAGUAAAGAACUUGGACAAGGAGCAAACCACAACGAUGCAACAAGUCUUUUCUUCUCAGGAAGUUCCUAUUACGUCUGAAGAACUGAUUUUACAACAAUCAGUUAAGGAAAGUAGCGCGUCGAGCACAAUGGAAGUUGUGCGAGAAUCGGAAGGUGACACCAAGGAGAGCAACACGCCAAUGACUAGUUUACCGAUAAUAGACGAAAGCACGCUAGUUAGAUCCGAAUCUAAUUCCAUGGAACAAGUGAACUUUGACGUGACUGAUUCGAGUGAACUUAAAACUGCCGAAUUGCACGAGGCAGAUGCAAUGGACAAGCUGAAACAACUAACAUUUUCUGAAGAGUCCGAUAGUAAAGUUAAACAACAAGUAGGUACGUCGAACCAAAUAGACGUUCAAGCGACUUCGCAGGUUCUAUUGAAUCCUUCGAGCGACGCGACUAUGGAAGUGGACGAAACAAUAGAUGAGCCGUCAUCACAGGAGGAAUCGGACAGACGUCGUCUUCGCCAGAGCAUGGAACUGCGUUUUGCGGACGAAGAAGAGGCAACGAACACGGAAACUAGUCAAGAAGUACCGUCGCAGUCUCAGUAUGAGCAGUUCAACGUUCCCGUCAGCAACGACUCCGUAGAUUUACCCAGUCAGUCCGCUAACAAGUUAGAGAGCUCGUCGGGUGAAGCUACCCAGUCGAUCACAUAUGAACCAAUGGAAGUAGAUGAAGAAGCUGUCGUAACAGAACCACCAACUCAGUCCUUUGAACAUUCGAAAAACGAAGCUUCUCAAUCAUACGAAGCUUCGGUGGAAACCAACAUAAACGCACCAACGCAGUCUUUUAACGAAAUCGCACAGAGUGAUGUAGAACGACCUUGUGCCGACGAGACAAUCGACGAUCAGAGCUUCCCCACACAAAGUUACGAAGUCGAUAAGAGUGAGAACAUGACAGAGAAUCUAGAAACUGACGCUGAGAUCAGUCAAGAGGGCAACAUACCGUCUCAAUCUAAUGAUAUCGGCGCUGAUGGUAUUGGCACGUCGUCCGUAUCGACGAACAAUUCUGGACUGAACGAAGACGAGACUGCAAGCUCGUCUUAUGUACCGGAGACACCUGAGAAUCAAGAGCGUGAUCAGGAUCAGGAAAGCGCAAUAAGCACGUCAUCUUAUGAGAUUCCGCCAUGCGAAGAGCUUAAUAUUGCUUCAUCCAGUGUGAUUCCAGAUACAUCGGUCAGCACAGAGCAUACCAGCAUCCGUGACAACGGAGUACCAGAGAUUCCGACCUCUUCGUCGUACAGUUUGAAUCCCGACAUCACGUCGACUCAUCACGUGGACUCGGUGCCUACUUCUAGCUAUGAGGACCAGGUGAUAGUCGAGCAGAACGUGUCGACGUCGUAUGAGGUGCCAAUCUCUAUGCCUGGCUUGGACGAAACCUGUUCACAGAAUUUUGUUCCCGAAAGUACCGAUCAUCAUCGCAAUGAGCCAUCUAGCUAUUACGCUCAUCACCAGGAGGUGACGGAGAGUUACUACGAGUCUGUCGAUCAGGACACCAAUUCCCGAUUAGAAGAAGACCCGCACGAAGAACAUGUCACUCCCGGUGGUUAUUACGAGGGUAAUCCACAGGAAGUAAGUCAGAGUUACUUCACGCCAGCCGAGGAAACGACCAAUUACAGCAAUCAAGGUAUCUCCCCCGGUUACUACGAUCCCAACAGACCCGAAAGCGAAGCGAGUCAGAGUUACUACUCUACGGAUGAUCUGGAUGGGAAAACGGAACAGUCGUCCUCGUCACCGAACAUUGAAGCGUCGCAGAGCUUCUACCAGGAAAGAUCGGGCGAACUGAGACUGAGACAGCAAGGUGAGGCUACUCCAACCUAUUCCGAAGGAUACCCAGCGGAUUAUACGCUAGAAAAUUCUCCGAUCGAGAGGCACGAUCUCGUGGAGAGCUCGGUACCAGCUACCAGAUCUAUGGACAGGUAAUAUAUUGCAGGGGGCUGUGGCAAUGAUGAGAGUCCCCACUUGAAAUAGGCUGUACUUGGCUGUACAACCGCAAAAAAAAUACAAACACUUGAAUCUAUUUUCAGAUGUAAAUAUAAUGUUAAGAUGAUUAUAAUAUUAAGACAAACGCUUAGACUUUAAGAUGAAAUUUAGUCUUACAUUUUACCGCUAAGCCCUUACGUACAAAUAAAUUUAUUCACAUGCAUUUGUGCAUGUCGAGACGAAAAAACAAAAUCGCGAAUCCGUUUUUUAGGAUCCUGUACGUGAUGCAUAUUAUAGAGGGAUUAUGGUUUUGUUGUGUUAUGCAUAUUUUUAUUUUGCCGUCGUGUCAGUGUUUCGUGGAAAACAAGAUAGUUCUGUAUCAAGAAUAUAUCACUAUUAUUCUUUGGUAGUACAGUAGAACUUAAAAACAACCGCGGAAUUGAAUUUGAUCCGUCGCAGUAAAGCCGAAACACUUUUCAAAGUGUCAGAUUUCACUGGAUGACUUCUAAGUCCCUUCUUGGUCAAGAGUUUUAUCGCGUUUUGUAUCGAAAGAGAGCGAGAUGUCGAGAGAGAAUAGAAAUAUGUUGACUUGGUGUCAUUGAAUGAUCCCGAAAGAGAAUCUGAUUUUUGUUGAUAUCUUUUUUCUUUGUAUUCCGAGUAAGAUGUUACUGUUGCAGUUAAAUGAAGGAAAUUCGGGAUUGUUUUUAAGUAAAUCUUAAGGUCGUGACAUAUACAAAAACUCAAGAAGUAAAACGUAAGCAGUAAAGAAAUCAGUCAAUCACAAGCUAAUAUUCUCUCGAAUUUAACUUGCGUUCGAGAGAAUGUUGUUCUAUGAUUGGUCGAUUUCCUUACUGCCUACGUCUUACUGCUUAACUUUUUGUGUGCGUUGUGGCCUUUGUUGUAUAAAAAUUACGUGAAAUAGGCGGUUUUUGACUUUUGUCUAUAUUUCUAUAUAAUGGAGCAGUGGUGAAAAUCGUGUGAUAACAUUCGUGUAACAAAAUAAUAUUGUACAAUACAAUACAAAAUUCUUAAGAAAUUAUACGAUCAAUUAAUAGUGGACAUUAUGUUGAUUGCAAAAAAUAGAAAAAAGUUAUUAGCAAUAGAGGAAUCCCAAGAUUUCACUACUACUUCGAUAUCGAGUCGUAAUUAUAAGCAGUUUAUUACAUUUAUAAUAAGAGAUGAAUUUGUGUGAUUUUAUGAAACAGAGCAAUAGUUUUGCUUCUGAUCUGAUUUCACAGCUUAAUAUCACUAACAUUGAGGAUGUCCUAGUUUAGUUUAUUAUUAUUAUUUUUUUUUUUUUUUUUUUUUUUUUUUUCCCCUCUUCUGGUGCUCCUCUCAUAGCUGGUUCGGUAACCCACUUAGCCUUGAAACAAAGAGCACAAUAUUUCUGAAAUGUGUCAGCUAUGUGUUGCUCUUAAGUACGUGAAAGUGCGAAAACAUUUUUCCCGAUCUGUCAUUUAAAGAUUUCAUUUUUCGAUAAGUGUUGUGCAGUAUGUCUCGGCUUGCUUAGUGUAAACGAUGUAACGAUCAUCAUUGUGCGAGAGUCGUGACAAAAGAUAUGCGAGGCUUUGAGGAAAAUGAGAGAAUUAUUAUUAUUAUUAUUAUCAACAUUAUUAUUAUUAUUAUUAUUACUUGGUUUAUUGUAAAACAAUAGAAAAAAACAAUAUAUAUAUAUAUACGAAAUAUGCAAAUGUUUAUUAUUUCACUUACAUGAUACGCAUUUGAUGUUAAUAAGUUGAUCGAUGUAAAGGAAACGUAUGAGUUCAUUAAAAAAUUUGUCGUGUUUGAAACAUGUCGAAAACUAGUGAAGUCUUCGUUUGAGACAUAGUGUAUUACGUUUAAGAAAAUGGAGCAAUGUUUUUAGAACAUAUAACAAGUUAUGUAAAGUGAUGUAAAUGCUUUUAUACACAAAGUUGUAUCUUUCAUUGUUACGAUAUUGUUGAGGCAUAUUAUUAGUGCAACUUUUUUUGUGUAAAAGACACUUAUGCCACUGUGCUUGUUGUAUGUAAGUGUGAAGAAAAUAUAAUCGCGCGAGAAAUACACUAGAAUUUUAAGACAUGUUUAAGUCAUACACACAAUUUUCAAACAUGACAAAUUUAUUAGAAACAGAAUUAUAUUAUCAUAAG